UGAGUUUCAGUCAGUUUCUUUUCAGCUCUCGUGUCGUGUGGACGGAUAGUAAAGUGUCGAAAGUUCCGUUCGGAUUGCGUGACCAGAAAUUAUGCGCUGAGUGCAGGAGCAGAAAACUAACCGUUCAGGGGAGCCAAACGUUAGGAAAUCGCUUGGCGGAAGCCAAAAAGCCCCCUUUUUUGUUUUGUUUCGCGUGCAUUAGGAAGAGGACGCUGUUUUAUUCGGUUCCGUGCAAGUGUUAUCCCUCCAAAUGUAACAGCUUAGCUGUAAAAAGAAAGAAAAUCUUGUGCAAUUUUAUGUUUCUAAAGAGGCACACUUUUUAGUGGAAGUGAAAUCUUGGUGUGCCUUAGUUUUAGUUUAAUUUUUGGUGGUUUUGUUGCAUUGUAGCUAAAAUCAUUAGCCUCAACAUGUCCUGCAGCGGAAAAGAAAUUAUCUUGAUUGCGGUUUUGACGCUGGGAGCGCUAAAAAUGUCACUUGCACAAAUGACGACAGCGGACACCGGUGGCGGAGGAGGUGGUGGCGGCGGCGGUGGCGGCCAGUGCAUAUGGUACGGUGUGUGUAACAACGAAACCGCACUGACCUCCCAGUACUGCAACUACAGCGGACCGGCCAAACCGAUCGAAGACAAAACACGGGACCUGCUGAAGGUCUGGUGCAAGCAUCUACUCGUCGACGAGGACGGCGAUGGGAGCAUCAAUACCUGCUGCGACUCAGAACAGGUCCAAAUCCUAAACAACAACGUCAAGCUGGCGGCGAACUUCCUCGCCCGCUGCCCGUCAUGCAUGGCCAACCUGGUGCGACAUAUGUGCGAUUUCACCUGCCGCUGGAAUCAGUCAACAUUCAUGGAGGUGAAGGCCACAGAGCUGAACGAAAAUACCAAAAAAGACUACAUCACCGAGAUCGAUCUGCACAUCACGGAGCAGUACAUGAAUGGAACGUACGGUUCGUGUAAUCAGGUUUCGGUACCGUCCACCGGUCAGCUAGCGCUGGACCUUAUGUGCGGCGAGUGGGGAGCGUCCCGCUGUAGCGCCAGGAAGUGGUUCAACUACAUGGGUACCAAGGAGGGUAACUACUACGUACCUUUCCAAAUCAACUAUAUUGCCCAUCAAACGACCGACACUGGCGACGACAAGUUUCAGCCUUUGAAGCCCCGAGUAGUGCCCUGUAGCGAGAGGCUGGAUGAUAAUACACCGGCCUGUUCGUGCAUUGACUGUGAGGCUUCCUGUCCACGACCACCUCCGCCGUCACCUCCAGCCCAACCCUUUAUGAUAUACGGUCUCGAUGGAUAUGCUGUGGUGAUGUUCUUCGUGUUCAUCGUGUGCAGUGGUCUUUUCUUGAUUGGCGCUUGUCUUUGCCAAUCCGGCGGAGGAAAUGGUGCCGAACUCCUGGUGCCGGGCGAUACCUUGCACUCAGACCUGCGCUCGACCGUGGGUCGCCGUUUGGCUGGUGGACUGUCUAACAGUGGCGAUCUGGGAACUGACCGCGAAGAUUCACCCCUUCAAUCGAAGAGAUCGAGUGCCAGCUGGGAUGGUGAACAAGAACUCCGGCCGCAUCCUUCGGUUCUUCAUGGAGACGAAGAUACCGAAGCCGGCUACUUUGAGCGGUUGGGUGCGAAAACGGAAACCGUACUGGAGAAAUUCUUCACCGCUUGGGGUACGACGUGCGCCAGAAACCCGUGGAUCGUUUUACUGCUUGGUAUCCUCUUCAUCGUGGCUAUGGGCUUCGGUAUCAUGUUCCUGCACGUAACAACCAACCCGGUCGAGCUGUGGGCUUCGCCCACUUCACGGUCCCGCGUCGAACGUGAGUACUUCGAUUCGCACUUCGAACCGUUCUACCGGAUCGAACAGAUCAUUAUCAAGGCGGAAAAUUUGUCCAACGUUAUUCACAACACCUCUAAUGGGGUGAUCGAGUUUGGACCGGUAUUCAACAAACAGUUCCUCUUGGAUGUGUUCGAGCUGCAGGAGUCAAUCAAGAAAGUAGAAACCAAACUAGACGAUAAUAGUACCGUAGGAUUGAAGGAUAUUUGCUAUGCACCUCUGAGUUCGGACUACCGGGGGCCUAUCGAAACAGAGGAUUGUGUUGUGCAGUCGUUGUGGGGCUACUUCCAGGAUGAUAUUGAAAAUUUCGAUGCGGAGGACGAAGAUCCACAAGGAUAUCCCGUCAUUUACCUCGACAAACUGAUGCAGUGUUUCGGUAACGCGUACAAUCCGGAAUGUUUAGCACCUUAUGGCGGGCCUGUUGAUCCAGCAAUUGCCCUUGGAGGCAUCCCGCAACCAAAAUCAUCGGACGAAAAGCCCAAAUAUGAAAACGCUAACGCUGUCAUUCUGACCUUCCUGGUUAAGAAUUAUCAUGACAAAACUAAACUGAAAGCUGCGCUGACCUGGGAACAAAGCUAUGUAGAUUUCAUGAAGAAUUGGACGCGAGCUAACAUGAGUAUUGCUUUCACUUCGGAAAGAUCGAUUGAAGACGAGUUGCGACGAGAAUCGCAGUCAGAUGUUUCCACUAUUCUAGUAUCGUACAUCAUCAUGUUUGCUUACAUUGCCGUUUCACUGGGUCAUGUAAAUCAGUGGAACAGGGCGCUAAUCGAUUCUAAGAUUACGCUAGGUCUUGGUGGGGUCAUUAUUGUGCUAGCCUCUGUCGUAGCUUCCGUCGGUAUAUUCGGCUACAUUGGGAUUCCUGCUACUCUUAUUAUAGUCGAAGUCAUUCCGUUCCUAGUUCUCGCAGUUGGUGUGGACAACAUUUUCAUUCUGGUACAAACGCAUCAGAGAGACACUAAGAAACCGAAUGAAACGCAUGCAGAACACAUUGGUCGCAUCCUUGGUCGUGUAGGACCUUCCAUUCUGUUAACAGCGAUCAGCGAAAGCUGUUGCUUUUUCCUGGGUGGUCUCUCCGACAUGCCUGCGGUUCGUGCCUUCGCUCUCUAUGCCGGUAUGGCAUUACUGAUUGAUUUCCUGCUACAAAUCACAUGUUUCGUGAGUCUACUCGCUCUGGACACAGCACGACAGGCGGACAACCGGUUAGAUGUCUUGUUCUUCUUGCGUGGCUCCAAGAAAGACAUGCCUACCGGUGCCAGCAAGGAAGGUUUGCUGUACAAGUUCUUCAAGAGUAUUUAUGUGCCUUUCAUUAUGAAAAAAGCGGUUCGUGUUAUAGUGAUGGUCAUAUUUUUCGGCUGGUUGUGCAGUAGCAUAUCUGUAGCACCUCACAUUGACAUCGGUUUGGAUCAGGAGCUGUCCAUGCCCGGAGAUAGCUUCGUACUCAAAUAUUUCCGCUAUCUGGGCAAGUAUCUUAGCAUUGGUCCUCCAAUGUAUUUCGUGGUCAAGGGCGGCCUCAAUUAUUCACAAUCGUACGAUCAGAAUUUAAUCUGUGGAGGACAGUAUUGCAACUUGGACAGUUUGUCCACACAGGUGUACAUUUCUAGUAAGAGACCGGAGGAAACCUACAUCGCUCGACCAGCAGCAUCCUGGUUAGAUGACUAUAUCGAUUGGUCUGCGGCGGAUUCAUGCUGCCGGCAACAGCCUAAUGGAAGCUUCUGCCCACAUGAAUUGACUAGUUGCCAUAAAUGUAGCAUAAAUCGUACUUCGGAGAAUAGACCUACUUCAAAUAGCUUCCGCCGGUAUGUGUCAUUCUUCUUGCAGGACAAUCCAGAUGAAAACUGUGCAAAGGCAGGUCAUGCAGCGUACGGCAAUGCAGUCAAUAUCAUAACACCAAUGCAAAGCAACUACAGUGACGUUGGGGCCUCGUACUUUAUGGCGUAUCACACAAUUUUAAAGACGUCUUCCGAUUACUUCGAAGCGUUGCGUUCGGCUCAGAAAAUUUCCGCUAACAUCACCAGCACGAUCCACGCCAAGUUGCGUCUGGAUGGCCGAAGCGAAACGGAUAUUCAGCAGGUCGAAGUGUUCCCGUACUCUGUAUUCUACGUAUUCUACGAGCAGUAUUUAACCAUGUGGCCGGACACGCUCAAGAGUAUGGGCAUUUCGGUGCUGGCCAUCUUUAUCGUGACAUUCCUGCUAAUGGGCUUCGAUAUCCACUCGUCGCUGGUGGUGGUCAUUACUAUUACGAUGAUCGUAAUCAACAUUGGCGGACUGAUGUACCACUGGGACAUUUCACUGAAUGCCGUGUCGCUGGUAAAUCUGGUGAUGGCCGUCGGUAUCAGUGUGGAAUUCUGCUCCCAUCUGGUGCACAGUUUCUCGGUAUCGGUAGAGGAGACGCGCGAGAAACGAGCCGCCGAUGCACUUACCAAAAUGGGAAGCUCGGUCUUCUCUGGCAUUACGCUGACCAAGUUCGGUGGCAUCCUGGUGCUAGGGUUUGCCCAGAGUCAGAUCUUCCAGGUGUUCUACUUUAGAAUGUAUUUGGGCAUCGUGCUGUUCGGUGCCGCCCACGGAUUGGUGUUCCUGCCAGUGCUGCUAAGUUAUAUCGGCGCUCCCAUCAACAAGGUGAAACUGGCGAACCACCGACGGCAGGCGAUGCAGGACACCCAGGAGACGUCGCUCUCAAACCGCUGGGAUGAAAGAAUCUUUGUCUUUGACCAGGUUGAAGCCGAUGUCCAUGGCGUGAUGUACCGCAGAAGACGUUCCAACGACAACGUCGCCUCCCGCAACACCAACCAUGAGAUUGAGAACGAUGAUAAUGAUGAAGAUGAAGACCAAGAGCACCACUACUACCAACAGCACCACCAGCAGCAGCAGCAGCACCAGCAACAACAACAGCCACAUGUCCUUGAACAACCAUCCAGCAGUAGGCUGCGGGAGCCAGACCAACAGCAGCACGAAACGCGAGCCUUCGUCCAUCCGGAAGCGUAUACAGAGCAACUUACCGAACCUCUUCUGCAGCCAUCAACCAGUCAGCGCGGCACCACGCACCGAUCUGUAGGGGGAGGUGGAAGCAAAGCGACAACAACAGCAGCAGAACCUCCGUGUGACAAACAUGUGAUUCUCGACGACAAAUCAGUAGCAGCCAGCGUCAACUAGGUUACUGCGCGAACUCAUACUAAGUAACUAUUAUUAUUUAUUCAAAUUCGAAUUGUUGAGGCUGGUUCAUCGACGUUUUCGCUCUCGCAUUUGUAAAGUGGAUACACAUCGUAUAUUAUAUCAUCAUCUGGAUCAUACGAAUUGUCACAGAUCAAAAACUCAUCUUUUCCUUAAAGAUUCGAAUGAAUCGCACGAGUGCGGCUGAUAACUAUGUAUAGUUCUAUUAUAUUUGAUAGAGAGAAUAAAAAGUAUGACGCACGUGGAGGAGAGGCGUUCUAAUAGUAGCUGUUAAAACUAGGACCUUAUUUUGUACUGAAAAAUUACAGUUUAUACAGAUAUAAGGAGUGCGUUGAAAUGGAUCUUUAGAUAGACGAUCACGAAAAGGUAAACAUUCUUAUGAGUAAUUUCAAGCAGCGAAAUGUUAGAAAAGAAAAUCCAGUAAAAUCAAAACUGUUGUUCUGACGACGAAUCGCAGAUACGAAAAGGUCGUUGGUAAUUCUGUUAUCCAAUAAGGGAAUGGGUCAAAAAACGCAUUACAAUUAAACCAAUGAAACUGUCAAUGUCUAGGAAAUAAUCAAAUGAAAAAAGGCUAGUUUUUAGUUGUAUAAGGAAGUAAAUUAUCUCUUACUAAAUGUUAUUAAAACAUGGAGGAAAAAAAUGAAAGCUUGUUCACGGUCCUACCUGUAAAGGUAGAAUGGUCCAUUGUUAUACGGUUGCGGUUCAUUCAAGUGAAGCGCGGUUUGGUGACAAAAGAAGAGUGCUAAUGUGAAUCGCCUUAUUAAUCGGUUCCUGUUUUCAUCGUCGUUGCAGUUGAUCUGCUCAUGCAAGGUGUGUGAAGUGUUGUAGUUUCGCCUAUUACCACAACGCCAGUGCGGAGCGAUUGGAAAGUGUGUGUAUGCGUGGGAAGGAAGCGAGUAAAUGUAUAUUCCUGUAUUUAUGAUAGUAGGUUACUGGCAGGCUUUGUGUGUCCGACCAAAUAGAGCAAAUUCUAGGAAAUAGGAGAAGGAAAAGAUAGGAAAAACUUUGUGGCUUAAAUAUUUAUGCCAUGAAUUAGUGAAAAGAAGGCAGCAAUGCACGGUGGUAAUGCAGGUGACGAAAAGAUGGUUUAAUAUCUUUGGUGGCGCACAUCAUGAUCCCGAGAGGCUUGUUUGAGAUUGUAACAUACUACAUUCCUUAUAAUAUUUGUUCAAAAAUUCUAAACGUUACAUAUUUCUUCGGGUUGCUCAUUUUUGCUAAAUUUGAUUUGCAAUCUCAUUAAUUUUCCGUUUCAUCUAAUGAGGAUCGUAUUCGAUCGAACCCCUCAACGGAUGGACUGUUAAGCAGAAUAUGGCAUUCCGCUUAGUUUUUCAUAACGAAAGAUUGAUUCUUCGAACGAAUUCGACACCCAUUUUAUUUCACUCUAAAUUAGAGAAAAUGCAAACCACAUUCCUCCGAGAACGCAAUCCGUCGUAAUGUAAAAUAAGUCUAUACUCAGCGUUGAUCCAGUAACCACUAACUUUCUACUCACCUGAGCCAACAUAAUUAGAACUAACCUCGUGUGAUAGUGAGGUUUGAUUCAUCUUAUUUUAGGACACGUUACGUUUGCUGUGUCAUGGAUCCUUCUUUAGCAGUGUGCUUAAAUAGCUCCCAUUUCAACUAAUAAACUGCCCUUACAAACGUAUCGCUUACUCAUUUACGUGUUGUUCAAUAAUAUAUGUUCCUGCAAUUUGAAUUUAAAUUAUUUUUUAACUUUGUAGAAGUGACAUUAAAUUCACUUCUCCAAACAACAACGAAAAUACAUACUAUUCUAGCCAUCAUAUUGAGCUAUUCGUCGAUAGAACUUCUCACCUGCUUCCACUGUGCAAGGAAUGCUGUAAAUGUUUCGGCCUUUAAAAAUAACUUUAUUCUUUGCAUCUUCUGCUAAACAAAUACUUUUUUUUAUUAACGUUAAAAAUGAAUCCGGUCCAAUAGUUAUUUUCUUCUGUUUACUACGGCUGUAGGUUUAUCAUAGCUCUCGUAAGAAAGGCAGGCUUUCUUCGUGAUUCCAUUUAUCGAAAAGUAUUUCUAGAAGAUAGGAUGCACACACUAGGUUUGUAUAUUUUUUCAACUAUUUCGUAGAACCACAGAAAAACAUUGGCAUAGGAAAGAUUUAUUCAAUCAUUUAUAUCUAGGUGAAUGUUGUUCGUUUUAGUAAACAUUAUUUUAGGUCUCAACUAGCGGUGUGUCCUUAUGAAUCAAAGAGCUAAUGUACGUAUACAACGAUUUUAGUUUGGCGAUUUGAACUGUAUUUUAGACCUAUAAUUUGUUGCAACAUGUGGCAAUAGAGGAAUCAAACUGUUAUUGUAUUUUAUCAAGAAAAGGUGGAAAAUAAAUGAACUGAACUAUUAUACUAUAUCA